AUGGCUCCCGUUGAGCAUUGGGGUGAUCCCCAUUCAAAUUCAUCGACCGAUGGUUAUAACCUAUCUUCUGAUUGGAUCCCAUCAGAUGAAAUGUACGCUUAUGAGGGGAAUUCUUGGCUUCCCUCAGUCUUCACCAGUGAUGCUCCACUAGGUGCCAGGCAAGCCACUGAGAUGGCAAUUUACGAGCCCUUCCAAACCAAACCUCUCAACCAUGGUGAGAACGAAUCGCCCUUUGCAAUGAAGGAAUUUCCAGAUCCUGCAUGGGUGAAUCACCAAACUAUAAGGAAGCCGCCCGCAAAUACAACAAGCCAAGGCGCUCUCCUUUCCAUACAAGACAUUCGUAAGAGUCUGUUGAGAUUGAAGGUGGAACUUCUUGAGGAUUUGGAGAUAUUUGAGACUGGGUCGAUGCUUCUGGAAUCUUCAUCCCUUUUCUAUGAAAAUUCUAAUUUGCCAAUUGAAACCCUCGACCUUCCGAUAUAUCGUCUGCUUGAUCACUCCUCUUGGCUUUUGGCAAUUGUUCGAUCUUCGUGUGGUAUGACAGAGGAGACUUUGGAUGUUGCGUUUGCUACACAGCGAUUUGAAACAGAGAGCAGCGGAUAUGAAGACUCUUUGUUUAUCUUCUCGGAAAAUGGCGGAAAUGGCUUGGAUGAAGAUGUCACCACAGUAUCUCCACAUGAUUCUGGGUAUCAUACCACAACGACAUCUCCGGAUCAAGCGACAACUCGUGCAAUCCCGAAAUUCGAUAUAGCACUGUGGCUUGGAAUAUUGGAGGCACAUUGCUCACUUGUUCACAUAUACCGUGCUGUGUUCAUGAGGUUGUACCAGCUAUUUCUCAUCAUUCCUCCAACUGAUGCAGCCACGAUUCUGUUGUUACCGAAGGUACACUUUGGGCAGUUUCAUUUGGAUGGGAAUCUCAUUGCCCAAGUUCAAGUACUGGUUGAAUUCAGCUCUACAAUGCUGGGUAAACUUGACCGAGCCCUUAAAUUUCGGUCAGGCCCAAGCCAAUCCCAAGAAGAUCGAGAGUUCGAUCGAUCUGAGACAAUCCGUCAGAAAGAUUGGUCAAAUUCAAUCCGCGACAUUGUCAUAGCACAAGAACAAGAUCCUUGUGAAAUGUCUUUAAUGGAAAUAAUGGAGUGCUUGCGGCAGCUUGUUAAAGAACCAGUGAUUAUUUAA